UCCUCCUCCGUCAGUACAACAAAGCACUUGUCCAUCUCUCUUCCUUAGCCAAGACACCACCAUUUUCCUCUUCCUCCUCCUUCAAAGUUAAAACAAACAGAGCAUUCAAGAAGAAGAGGGAGGAAGAAGAGGAAGAAAGGGAAGAUGGUGCUUGCUGUAUUGAUUGGCGUUUUGGUGGGGAUUGUGCUGGUCAGCAGCCUGCUGCUGCGAUGGAACGAGGUGAGGUACAGCAGGAAGCAGGGGCUUCCCCCGGGCACAAUGGGGUGGCCUCUCUUCGGCGAGACCACCGAGUUCCUCAAGCAAGGGCCGAGCUUCAUGAAGGCCAGGAGGCUUAGGUACGGGAGCUUGUUCCGGACCCACAUCCUGGGCUGCCCCACGGUGGUGUGCAUGGACCCGGAGCUGAACCGGCAGAUGCUGCAGCAAGGGGAAGGCCGCGGCUUCGUCCCGGGCUACCCGCAGUCGAUGCUGGACAUCCUGGGCCGCAACAACAUCGCCGCCGUCCACGGCCCGCUCCACCGCGCCAUGCGGGGCUCCAUGCUCGCCCUCGUCCGCCCCGCCUCCAUCCGCUCCAGCCUCCUCCCCAAGAUCGACGCCUUCAUGCGCUCCCACCUCCACGGCUGGGCCGGCGACCUCGUCGACAUCCAGGACAAGACCAAGGAGAUGGCCUUGCUAUCUGCACUCAGGCAGAUUGCUGGUAUCACUGCUGGCCCACUCUCUGAUGCCCUCAAGACUGAGCUCUACACCCUUGUUCUCGGCACCAUCUCCUUGCCCAUCAACCUUCCAGGAACAAGCUACUACCAAGGCUUCCAGGCGAGGAAGAAGCUCGUAUCCAUGCUAGAGAAGAUGAUUGCUGAACGACGAUCCUCUGGUCUUGUUCACAAUGACAUGCUGGAUGCUCUCUUAAGCGGCAAUGAUGGAACCAGGGAAAGGCUUAGUGACGAGCAGAUCAUUGAUUUGAUCAUCACCCUCAUUUACUCUGGAUAUGAAACCAUGUCGACGACUUCAAUGAUGGCGGUCAAGUACCUGUCAGACCAUCCAAAAGCUCUUGAAGAACUCAGGAAAGAGCAUUUUGAUAUCAGGAAGGGAAAAUCGCCAGAGGAAGCUAUCGACUAUAAUGAUUUUAAGUCCAUGACCUUCACUCGAGCUGUAAUUUUCGAGACGCUAAGAUUAGCUACAGUUGUGAAUGGGCUGCUGAGAAAAACUACUCAAGACGUAGAAAUGAAUGGGUAUGUCAUUCCAAAAGGUUGGAGAAUUUAUGUUUACACAAGGGAGAUAAAUUACGACCCGUGCCUGUAUCCUGACCCAAUGACCUUCAAUCCAUGGAGGUGGCUGGAGAAGAACAUGGAAUCACAUCCACACUUCAUGUUGUUCGGAGGAGGUGGUCGGAUGUGCCCUGGGAAGGAAGUAGGCACAGCGGAAAUUGCAACGUUCCUCCACUACUUCGUUACUCGAUACAGAUGGGAGGAAGAAGGCACAAACACAAUUUUGAAGUUUCCCCGGGUGGAAGCUCCCAACGGGCUACAUAUCCGAGUUCAAAAUUACUGAUCUUGCAACAUUUUGCAAAGUUUAGAUAGGACCCAAACUCAGGCAAGAGUGAUGCUGAUGCUGCCCUGAGGAAAAGAUUAGAACAGUUCAGCACUUGUAAGAAAUAGGAAACAUAGGGAUAGUAUAGGUAUUAUAGGUUCACUAGGAAACUAACGUAAAAGGCCACAAGGUGCUCCUGUAUUCUCUUGGUAGAUGAAUUCUCAAAAUGAAACAGAAGUAUCAUUUGGCUUC